UCACGUGAUGAAAUGCGGAAGUGUAGCGCUGUAGAGCAGCAGUCGGUGUAUUGAUUGUCAUUAAUCUCUAUGAGAAGACGGAAUUACUGCUGUUUUAUUGUUGUUGCCAUGGCACUAAUUAUCUUUAUAAUGUUUAUGUGUGGAUCGAUCAGCUCUCACAUAAGCAUUGCAUCAGCUAAAAGCGACUUUAGGGUUUCUGGAAAGGUGUUAUACAAACUGGACAUCUCGUGGCCCAAACAGCCGGAGUAUUUCACAGGUCAGGUGUUUGGGGUGGCUGUCAAUCAUCUCUCUGGUUUGGUGUAUGUGGCACAGAGAGGAGAUAAUAUCCCUAAAGUGUUGGUGUUCAGCACGGAUGGAGACUUCGUACAAGCGUGGAAUACCACCACCCUGGAAAUGCCUCAUGGGAUUUUCCUUGCCAAUGUUUCAUCUGACCCAUCACUGUGGAUCACGGAUGUUGGGAAUGGGCCGUACGGACACACGAUAAAGCAGUAUUCCCCUUCAGGAAAGCUGCUCCAGGUGCUGGGAUCUCCCGGAAAAGCCGGAUCUUCUCUCAUUCCCCUCCAGUUCGACCAGCCGGCUGAGAUAUUCGUGCACAAUUCCGGAGAAAUCUACAUAGUGGACGGAGACGGGGGAAUAAACAACCGUCUGAUUAAACUCUCUAAAGAUCUGCAGGUGCUGUGGAUGCACGGUGAGAAAGGACAAGGACUCGCUCAGUUUUACAUCCCUCAUAGUGUGGCUGUGGACGACUUCCAGCGGGUUUGGGUAGCAGACAGAGGAAAUAAACGCAUUCAGGUGUUUAAUUCAGUGACGGGUGACUGGUUGGGCUCAUGGGGAAGCUGUUUUAAAGAUGACGCACCAUACUCUGUCAGACUCACCCCAGAUCAGAGGUUUCUGGUUGUAACCCAGUUAAACAUCAAUCAGAUCACACUGCUGGAGGCUCCACCUGUUGGAAUAAUCGGUCAAUGUCAGGUAAUCAGCACCAUACAGCUGGCACAGGACAUCAAACCUCAUCUGGUGGAUCUGGAUCAGAGCAAUGGAGAUCUUUAUGUGGCAGAAAUCGGUGCCAAUCAGGCCCAAAGGUUUAUUCCUGUAACAGCAGCGAGUGUUUAACUCUUACAUGAAGAGCUCAGUAAGAAAAUGUUAAAGCACUUUUACAGCUAUUUGUUUGUUUUUAAUCAGAAAAAUUAUGUAUAGAUGAGAUGCAUACCGUAUUUGUCAUGGGUGUGAUAAAUGAAAGUUAUUAAUAUAUGAAAGAUAUAUGUGUAAACAAAACAUCAUUGGUAAAUUCUACUUUGUCUUGUACAGUAUUUGUGUAACUGUAUACAGCAUUGUGUAUGGUUUGUAUUUACAGGAAUAUGAUGUUCUGAUCUGUUUGGUACAUAUGUGUGUGUUUGGCUGACUUCUGAUUCGGAUCAUAUUACCCAAACAUUCAUAUUUAACAGAUUUUAAAUAUGGUAAAUGGCACUUUAUAUUUUGUUGACAUUGUGAUUUGAGUGAUGUUUUAAAAUGUCCUCUGUUGCUGAAAAACCAAAAGCUGUUUUAUUCAUGUGACACUUUGCUGAGUUUAGCGUCUGACUGCGGUAGUGACGUCAUCAGCAGGUCAGAUGACGUGUUUUUGCAUAUAAAUCGAAUAGAAAAGUUUUGUUUAAAAAAGUUAUGUAGUCAUGUGACUGAGAUAAAGGGUUAUAUGUGAAUUAAUUUUAUAUGCGUGUCCUGUGUUUGUAUAAAUUGUUUAAAUUGUAAUUCUUUCAAUUGUAAUUAGCUUCAAAUCAAAGCUAAAUGAAUAAAUGUAAUUUACAGAAAAUUAAGCCGUCGUCGUGUCUAUGUAAUAAUUAUAAUAAUAAAUAAAUAUGUGUGUAUUUCA